AUGGGCGUGGCCAUCCGCUGCUUUGUUUUCGUCUGCUGUAUAAAUAAGGCCAACGUCUCUGGCAAACACAACAAGCAUCUGUCGUUACUUCGCCAAGUGCUCCUGCGAUCUCUUCAGAAGUUCGUCUGCUCGUCAGUCUCUCCAGCUGCAUUCGGCUUUCUCUCCAGCGUCGCCAUGAAGCCCGUAAUUCUUGGUCUCUUGAUGGUUCUCUUCGCCGCCGCAUACCUGGCACAGGACAUUAAUGAACAAAGCCAAGGCUGCACUGACGAAGAAGGAUGUGUCGAGGCUGCACAAGGCGCAGGAGAGCCACUGCACCGCGUUGCGAGACAGACCAACCAGUGUUCACAAACUGACGACGACUGUAAAAACCUCAACGGAAUUUGCAUUCCUAAUGGGGAUACCUGUAUCGGCGACACGCAGAAAAAAUUGUGUGGCGAUGAAGAUUGCACCUGCUGCAAGAAACACGUGUGCGUCCAAACGCCAAAUCAAUGUUUGAAGAACAAUGGCGUGUGUAUCAACCUCAUGGACGAUUGUGCUGGGAAAAAGAAUGACACCCUCUGCAACAAUGACCACUGCACCUGUUGCCAGAAACACGUGUGCCUAAAUACGCCCAAGAAGUGUUCCAGUAAUAAUGGCGUGUGCAUCAACCUCAUGGACGAUUGUGCUGGGAAAAAGAAUGACACCCUCUGCAACAAUGACAACUGCACCUGUUGCCAGAAACACGUGUGCCUAAAUACGCCCAAGAAAUGUUCUGAGAAGAAUGGCACAUGUAUAAACCUCAUGGACGAUUGUGCUGGUACAAAGAAUGACACCCUCUGCAACAACGGACACUGCACGUGUUGCAUUCCAGCCUAAGAAGCUUUCACUCUUUCGAAGCAUUCCACUUCUGUGUCUCUCCAGAUCUGUAGAUUUCAGAACCAUAAAUAAAAUUCAGGAUACUUCCAUAAAC